CGUUGCAGAGGUGCAGUUUCCUUUCUCUAAUUGGUGUUCUGUGGCAGCAUGGUAUGUAGGUGUUCUGUGCUGUAGCAGCGGUCGCAUGCUCUUCGUUCUUUCGAUAUGAGGGACCUGUGGAGGCAGCGAUGUUCAGUCGUUGGAUGCAGGCCGAGUGACUGGACAACGGAGCCGCGUCGGCACCAGGUGCCUCGCGGUGGGGCCCUACGCACUGCGUGGCUGGAGAGAAUCGGUCAUCCGGUGACGCACAACGGGAACCUGUAUGUUUGUGGUCGACACUUCGCUCCCGAAGAUUACACCAUUUACCUGCGGCGGGUGGAGUCGAUAGACUUCAAAUCAAAGCUGAGGCAGAAAGCUGUGCCGACGCUUCACCUCCCCGUUAUUAGAGAGCUGCUUGCUGGAGACAACAGCAUUGAGCAAACGUCAAAACCCAGUGUUUCUGGUCAAAGAGAUUACGAUGACAUUGCUGCAGAGCCAGUGUACAAAGCAGGACAGAGUCUGGCUUAUGAGUCUGGACAAGCACUAGAGACACCACCUCAGCUAGUGUGUGAGCAGCAUCAAGUCAUAGAUAAGUCUGUUCAAGUCGGACUGCUAACACACCACGAAGCAUCACAAGCAAAUGAAGAGAAAAUUCUGUCAACAAGUGCCACACAAACAGAGCCCCAAGCUGUGUCUUCAGGUUUCUUGUCUCUUGCAUAUCUGGAACAGUCCUCUUCAUCGGCGCCUGUGCGACGUCGACUGCAUUCGUGCGAACACUGCUUCUAUGUAACACAUGAUAAGUCAGCUAUGGCCAGACACCUUCGAAGACACGUAGGCAAACACCCCUUCCAGUGCCACAUGUGUCCUAGUUCAUUUGCCGAAGACUCUAAGCUAGAGGCUCACAUGCGCACUCACUCUGGAGAGUGUCCCCUUUCCUGUGUUCACGACAGUCAAACCUGCUCACGGAAAGAUGCCGUCGAUGUCCUCGUGCGCAUUGGCUCUGGGAAGCGCCCAUUUUCCUGCGUCCACUGCAAUGCAUCCUUCGUGCAGAAAAAGAGCCUCGUGAAACACAUCCUCACCCACCACAAAGGACAGCGUUCGUUUCACUGUAUCCAAUGCAAUGCAUCGUUUGUGAUGGAAACCGACUUCGUGGCACACAAGCGCAUUCACACAGAAGAAUGUCAAUUUUCCUGUGUCCACUGCGAUGCAUCCUUUAAGCGUAAAAGUACCUUUUUGAGACACGUCCGCCUCCACACAGCGGAGCGUUGCUUUUCCUGUGUGCUAUGUAGUGCGUCGUUUGUGACUAGAUACGAUCUCAAUCAGCACAUGCACUCUCACACGAGCGAGCGUCCCUUCUCCUGCAUUCACUGCAAUGCAUCCUUUAAACAGAAGAAGAAUCUUUUGAGACACGUUCGCAAGCACACAGGACAGGGUUGUUUUUCCUGUGUCCACUGCAGUGCGCGCUUUGUGACUAAGUAUUACCUCACUGAGCAUACCCGGAUUCACACAGGAGAGCGUCCCUACUCCUGUGUUCAAUGCAAUGCAUCCUUUAUACGGAAACCGAACUUAUUGUCGCACAUGCGCACUCACACAGGAGAGCGUCCCUUCUCUUGUGUUUACUGCAAUGCGUCCUUUCCCAUCAAACAGACCCUUGUGCUGCACAUCCGCACUCACACAGGAGAGCGUCCCUACUCCUGUGUUUACUGCAAUCGAACCUUUUCACGAAGGAACAACUUCAUGGCCCACAUUUCCCGCGUGCAUAAAAUCCAAAAGCUACAAUUGUGAGGAGCCUAUAGGCUUCGAAGAGGAAGUGUAGCCGAGAGAGCAGAGUUUGUUGAAUAAAAGUGAGAGUGAGAGUUUGUUGUUUAAAGCAGUGUUGUAGGUGUUGCCGAAUACUGUAUAAUUUUGUAUAGUCUGGUCGUUGGGUCUUGUGAAGCUGAUUGUGUAGCUUUUAACUCAAUGAAACCAUCCAUCAUGUAUUAACUGAAAAAAUAGAAAUUGAAUUGAAUUAAAAAGGUAACUGAAUGCAUUACUUGUUAUUCCAACAAAAGAUAACGUCACUGCCCUAUGUUACCUCUGAAAAAGGUAGCACGUUUGGUGUUAUAUUUACUAAAAAAAGUAAUGUCCCGUUACUUCAGCUGUUACUCCGUGGUAAAAAAUAUUUAAUCUCUGCAUUUUGGCAGCAUAAAUCUUAAAUAGCAAUUUCGCAUUCUAAAUAAUAGUCUAGUAAAGUUCAUAUCAGUAUUUGAAAUAUAGAUUUUAUAGCUGAAGCAACAACUUUACGUGAAAUACUGAUUUAACCAGAAGUUGCCCGAAUGUGUCCGAGCUUGGCGCUAUAGCUUAGGGAUUUAAGGUUGCUUUUAGGUUGCAUGGAAUAGCUUCUAAGUCUGGCACAUGAUAAAUGCAUUUUCUUCAGUGUAACAUUAAAAAAAAUCAAUUUUCAGAUUUCAACAACAGGGCUCUUCUUGAAUAAAAAAAACAUGGCAACCCAACAAAUUCAGAAGUCACGAUGUGCCUUUAAAGGCAGAUGUUAAAACAUACAAAAAAUUAUGCCUAAACCAUUUAGUUCUGGGGAACGAUACUUGUGUACGUAUGGUUUUUCCUUUAGGCUGUGUAUUUGCCGAAAAAGUUAAGAUACUUGAGUAAAAGUGUUCAAGGUCAGCCUCGUUCGUGGAAAAAUUGAGUAACUAUUGAAACACGUACUCACAGAGGCUAAUGGAAAGACUCAAACAACAUUGAAAAGAAAGUUUAUACUAGUGCUUGAUUAUUUCAAGGAUUUUAAGGCAGAAUUUAGAAAACGGUGCAUUUCGAAGUUGCCAUAGGAAAAAUUGCCUCGCCUUUUAACGAGUGCUUCUGCAGAUACGCUAAAUAGGCUCCCGACGGGCGCUUUGGAUGGUAACGAUGGCUGCACUCUGCCACUGCGAAAAAAGAAUGUACGAACGAGCUCUGCAAUAGAGGCACCUAUGCAGCAAAGGAGCUUUUUGUGAAACUCCCGGCAUCCUUGAAAAAAAAAAAUUUACGUGACACCUAACGCUACUGAAGAACUGUAAAGUAAGUACAUUACUCACUAUAAUUCAGAUGUGGCAGGGAGUAUGUUAGGCUACUGAAAAAAAGCAACAAGUCACCAUGGUAACGCUGUUACCUGUAAGGCGUUACAGCCAACAUUGUUUUAAAGGGACCCUAAUGCAAAUAACAUUUUCAGUCCGACUGAAAGGUUAAUUAUGAAAAUGUAAAAAAUGUCGGUGUUAUCAGCAACUGUGCGCCAUGAGGGGGACAUUUUGGAAUGAGCCUGACGACGCCAUGAGUCCCAGGUACAAUAAUCUUAUUACUCAAGCUACCUAUAAUGAAAAAUAACAUUCCAUGCAUUCCAAGGCCUACUACUACUCUGCUUGUGUGUUUGGCGGAUUCAUCGAAAAACAAAAAAAAAAAGGGACGCUUGAGCUUCUCUUUCAAAGAGCAGAGCGCGAUAGCAUAAUCAAGCCUCGUCCCCAUUCCCUGAAUUGCUAGCCUGCUUUGGUACGUGUUUUGGUACACUGCUUUGGUAGCUCAGUUCAGUGCACACUAUACCAUAAUUGUUCAUUUUGCAAAUCGGCGAAAGGCCCACUGCGAGUCCAUUGGGCAACACGCAGAUCUAUGCUGCUGUUCACUGUUCAUGUGUUUUUUGUCUUUAAAGCACCCACACGUUGCUUAUUUGACAUUUUUGACGCCUGGCAUGAUCCUACGCUUCUGCCAUGCAAUAAAUUAUGUGUUAAGGAGACUCCUUGCACUACAUGA